UGGCGCGGCGGCGAUUGGCCGGCGCCGGGCGGAGGGCUGCCGUCACCGCUCGGGAAGCCCAUUCAUCUGUGCACUUGGGCGUUGGACUCCGCAUCUUAUUAGCAACCAGGGAGAUUUCUCCAUUUUCUCCUUGUCUACAGUACGGCUACAAAUCUGGGAUUUUUUAUUAACUCUUUUUACUAAACUUGGGCUCCUUUUUUUUUUUUGCUCGACUUUUUCCUCCCUUUUUUCCCCUCCCUCCUGUGCUGCUGCUUUUUGAUCUCUUCAACUUUACAUUUUUUAAAAGGAGUGCAUUAUAAUCGGUUCUGUUCUCUCUUCUCUUUUUUUUUCCCCUCUGGUGUGUGUGUGUGUUGCUGCUGCUGCUGGUCGCCCAGUAUUUAUACCAACCCAACGCUCUUUGUUUCCCCUCUUUUUGGAUCUGUUGAGUUUCUUUGUUGAAUAAGACAGCAUGGGUGCCCAGUUCUCCAAGACCGCUGCAAAGGGCGAAGCCUCCGCUGAGAAACCUGGAGAAGCAGUGGCUGCAUCUCCAUCCAAGGCGAAUGGACAGGAGAACGGCCACGUGAAGGUGAACGGCGACGCCUCCCCCGCCGCGGCGGAGGCGGGCAAGGAGGAGGUGCAGGCCAACGGCAGCGCCCCCGCCGAGGAGACGGGCAAGGAGGAAGCGGCCUCGUCGGAGCCCGCCUCCGAGAAGGAGGCGGCCGAAGCCGAGAGCACCGAGCCGGCCUCGCCCGCCGAGGGAGAGUCCUCCUCCAAGACCGAGGAGGGCGCGACCCCCUCGUCCAGCAGCGAGACCCCGAAAAAAAAAAAGAAGCGCUUUUCCUUCAAGAAGUCCUUUAAGCUCAGCGGCUUCUCCUUCAAAAAGAACAAAAAGGAGGCCGGCGAGGGGGCGGAGAGCGAGGGCGGUGCCGCGGCGGCGGCGGAGGGCGGGAAGGAGGAGGCGGCGGCGGCCCCUGAGGCGGCGGGCGGCGAGGAGGCCAAGGCCGGCGGCGAGGAGCCCUGCGCGGCCGCCGCCGGCAGCACGGAGGAGGCCAAGGAGGAGACGGGGGACUCGCAGGAGGCCACGUCGGACGAGCCGUCGGCCGAGAAGCCGGCAGGCGAGGAGGCUAAGGCGGCGGCGGAGGAGCAGAAGGGCGAGGCCAAGGCGGAGGAGGCCGGCGGCCCCACGAGCGAGGCCCCCACGGGCGAGCAGGAGGCGCCCGAGGCGGAGGAGCCCGCGCCGCCCACGCAGGGCGCCGCCGCCGAGAGCAGUCCGGGCGCCGCGGCGGCCCCGGCGGCGGAGUAAGCGCGGCGGCCCGCAGCCCGGCGGCGGACUUUUCUCCCCCCUGUUUGUUUGUUGGAGUGGUGCCAGGUACUGGUUUCGGAGAACUUGUCUACAACCAGGGAUUGAUUUAAAAGAUGUCUCUUUUCUUUUUUUUCUCUCCCCACAGAUCCCAUCUCAAAUCAUUCUGUUACCACCAUUCCAACGGGCGGAGGAGGGCCUAAACCCGCCCUCCGCCUCGUUCCUCCUUCUCUGUUUUUUUUUUUAUCUUUUUUUUUUUGCAUCAGUAUUAAUGUUUUUGCAUACUUUGCAUCUUUUAUUCAAAAUGUAAACUUUCUUUGUCAGUCUAUGGACAUGCCCAUAUAUGAAGGAGAUGGGUGGGUCAAUAAGGGAUAUCAAAUGAAGUGAUAGGGGCCACAGUGGGGAAUUAGUGGUGCACAUCAAUUGCCAAGAGAAUGUGCCACAAGAAACGACGUAAGGGGUUAGUCUUUUUUUAAAAGAAAGUUAUUACAAUGUAUUUUGUGAGGCAGAUGUUCUAUAAGGUUUACAACACUACAAGUCUUGAUCAAGAAGGAAAGGAAAAAAAAAUCAAUACCCAGAUAAAGAGAUCAUAGUCUUAGGAAUUCAUUUAAACCAUAGGAACUUUUCACUUAUCUCAUGUUAGCUGUAUCAGUCAGUGAUUAAGUAGAAAUACAAGUUGUAUAGGCUUUAUUGUUUAUUGCUGGUUUAUGACCUUAAUAAAGUGUAAUUAUGUAUUACCAGCAGGGUGUUUUUAACUGUGACUAUUGUAUAAAAACAAAUCUUGAUAUCCAGAAGCACAUGAAGUUUGCAACUCUUUCCACCCUGCCCAUUUUUGUAAAACUGCAGUCAUCUUGGACCUUUUAAACACAAAUUUUAAACUCAACCAAGCUGUGAUAAGUGGAAUGGUUACUGUUUAUACUGUGGUAUGUUUUUGAUUACAGCAGACGAUGCUUUCUUUUCCAGUUGUCUUUGAAAAUAAAGGAAAACUCUUCAGAUGCAAUGGUUUUUUUGUGUAGCAUCUUGUCUAUCAUGUUUUUGUAAAUACUGGAGAAGCUUUGACCAAUUUGACUUAGAGAUGGAAUGUAACUUUGCUUACAAAAAUUGCUAUUAAACUCCUGCUUAAGGUGUUCUAAUUUUCUGUGAGCACACUAAAAGCGAAAAAUAAAUGUGAAUAAAAUGUAUAA